AUAUGUUUUUAUUUACAGUAGGGUCAAUUUGAUAACAAUAAUAUAGACUUUGGUAAUAGUCAGCAAGUUAUUCGGUAUUAUUUUUAUUAAUAAAUAUGGCUUUAAUACCACCUGUAACACGUCUAACUGCAUCUAUUAUACGAAUACUUGGGUGCAAUCCAAGUCCUAUGACUCUUCAAGGAACUAAUACUUACUUAAUUGGUACCGGCAGGAGACGAAUAUUAAUUGAUACUGGUGACUUAGACGUUCCUGAAUAUAUAACACAUUUAAAAGGCGUACUCGAUAACGAAAAAGCCACAAUUGGUACAAUAAUUUUGACACAUUGGCACCAUGAUCACAUUGGGGGCGUAGGCAGCAUCAUUAAAAGUUGUGCUGAAAAUGCAAAGGUUUAUGCAGAUUGUAAGGUUUACAAAUUUCCUCGUACCGAUGCACCAGAUGUUUAUUCUGAAAUACCAUCAAAUGUUAAAGUAGAAACUCUACGGGAUAAUCAAGAAUUCGAUGCUGAUGGUACAAAAGUAAAAAUAGUACACACACCUGGACAUACCACAGACCACGUCGUAUUAACUACAGAAGAUGGUAUAUUAUUUAGUGGAGACUGUAUUUUAGGUGAGGGGACUGCUGUGUUUGAAGAUUUAUACCAUUACAUGAAGAGUUUGGAUAAAAUUUUGGAAAUAAAACCGCAAGUUAUUUAUCCAGGUCACGGCAAUAUAGUUAAUGAUCCAAUUGAUAAAAUAAAAUUUUAUAUUGCACACAGAAACCAACGUGAAGAGCAAAUAAUGCAAUUUUUCUAUAAAAAUUCAAAUAAACGCUGGCAAGCUAUGGAUGUCGUAAAAGAUGUUUAUAAAGAAACCCCUGCAGAAUUAUGGCCAGCUGCUGCCUAUAAUGUUGGACAUCACUUAGAGAAGUUGCUUAAAGAAGGCAAACUUAAAGUAUUUGAAGAAAAUGAAGAGAGAUUUUAUGAGUAUCAGCGGAAUAGUACAUUAUAAUAAUUCAAUUCUUUACAAUUUUCUUUUCGGGAGUGGUAAAUUUAUGUAAAAUUUAUAUAAAAAAGGAGUGCUUUGUAGCAAUAUGUAUGAAACUUUUACAAUAUAUACUCAAUGAAGAUAUUUAUAUUAUAUUCCAUUAAAA